GAGGCGCUCCCGGCGUGCCCCGCGCGGCCCAGUUGCGUCAGCGGCGGCGAUGCGGCUGCGGGUGGCGCCGGGCGGCCCGGCCGCGCUGAAGGUGCUGGCGGCUGCCGGGGCCGCCGCCGCCCCGGUGCGGCUCGUCUGGGGCGACCCGUCAGAGCGGCCGCUGGCCUCGCCGAGCGCCCCGUGGCUGCCCGCGCUGGAGCUGGACAGCGGCACCGUGCUCUUCUCCCCCAACGCCAUCUGCCAGUUCUUCUUCCUGGCGCGGGGGGAGGAGCCCACCGACCUCACCAACCAGUGGCUGGAGUGGGAGGCCACGGAGCUGCAGCCGGCCGCCUCGGCCGCCCUGUAUGCUCAGCUGGUGCACGGCCAGAAGGGGCUGGAGGCGCUGGAGCCGCUGGGGCAGCUGCUGGAGCACAUAGAGCAGGACCUGAGCAGCAGAGGCACUGCCUACCUCGCCGGGGACACCCAGUCGGUGGCUGACGUGGUCGUGUGGGGUGCCCUGUUCCCCGUCCUUCAGGACGAGACCGGCCUGCCAAGCGAGCUGCCGGCACUGAGGACGUGGUUCCAGAACAUGACGCUUUCGGAGGCCUGCAGGAAAGCUGCCGGCUCGGUUUUGAUGCCCGAAGCGCUGCUGGAGUUCAAGUCUUACCUGCAGAAGCAUCCCCCGCCCUGCCUGGCCACGGGGAGAGCCACCAGCAACGCGCCCGAGGCGCAGCCUGGCGCGGGGACGGGCCACCGUGGGGCUGGUGGCCACGGGCACGCAGACCCUCACUGGGACCAGCCCUCCCCGCAGGGAGAUGGUCCUGAGCGUGCGCUGUCGGAGGAGGAAAUCGCAGCUGCUGUGGCCGCGUGGGCCCGUGGUGCUGCGGCGCUGCCCGGGCCCUGGAAGCCGCAGCAACCUGUGCUGCCUGUGCACGGCAGGAGGAACGUGCUCAUCACCAGCGCUCUGCCCUACGUGAACAACGUGCCCCACCUCGGCAACAUCAUCGGCUGCGUGCUCAGUGCCGACACCUUUGCCAGGUACUGCCGCCUGCGGAACUGGAACACGCUGUACGUGUGCGGCACGGACGAGUACGGCACGGCCACCGAGACCAAGGCGAUGGAGGAGGGUCUGACGCCCCAGGAGAUCUGCGACAAGUACAACGCCAUCCACGCCGACAUCUACCGCUGGUUCGACAUCUCCUUCGAUUACUUCGGCCGCACCACCACACCGCACCAGACCAGGAUUGCCCAGGACAUCUUCCAGCGCCUGCUGGCCCGCGGUUUCCUACUGCAAGACACAGUGGAGCAGCUGCGAUGCGAAGGAUGCCAGCGGUUCCUGGCCGACCGCUUCGUAGAGGGCACCUGUCCCUUCUGCAAUUACGAGGAAGCCCGGGGGGACCAAUGUGAUAAGUGUGGCAAACUCAUAAAUGCUGUGGAGCUGAAGAAUCCACAGUGCAAGCUCUGCGGGGGCGUCCCUGUGGUGAAGACCACCCAGCACCUCUUCCUGGACCUGCCCAAGCUGCAGGAGCGCCUGGAGCCCUGGCUGGAGCAGUCCUUGGCCACCGGGGACUGGACGGCCAACGCGCGCUACAUCACUCGCUCCUGGAUUCGGGACGGGCUCAAGCCGCGCUGCAUCACCCGUGACCUCAAGUGGGGCACACCGGUGCCUCUCGAUGGCUUCCAGGACAAGGUUUUUUACGUGUGGUUUGAUGCUCCCAUUGGCUACUUGUCCAUCACAGCCAACUACACGGAGCAGUGGGAGAGGUGGUGGAAGAACCCACAGCAGGUUGAGCUCUACAAUUUCAUGGCCAAGGACAACGUCCCGUUCCACAGCGUCAUAUUCCCCUGCUCGCUCCUGGGUGCUGACGACAACUACACCCUGGUGAACCACCUCAUCGCCACAGAGUACCUGAACUACGAGGACGGGAAAUUCUCCAAGAGCCGCGGUGUGGGAGUGUUUGGGGACAUGGCCAAGGACACCGGCAUCCCCGCGGACAUCUGGCGCUUCUACCUGCUGUCCGUGCGGCCCGAGGGGCAGGACAGCGCCUUCUCCUGGGGCGACCUCAUGCUCAAGAACAACUCGGAGCUGCUCAACAACCUGGGCAACUUCAUCAACAGAGCCGGCAUGUUUGUGUGCAAGUUCUUCGGUGGCGUCGUCCCCGACAUGGUCCUGACGCCGGAUGACGAGCGGCUCUUGGCCCGUGUCACCCUGGAGCUGCGCCAGUACCACCAGCUGCUGGAGAGGGUCCGCAUCCGCGACGCCCUGAGAUGUAUCCUCAGCAUCUCCCGCCACGGCAACCAGUACAUCCAGGUGAACGAGCCCUGGAAGCGCAUCAAGGGUGACGAGAAGGACAGGCAGCGUGCUGGUACCGUGACCGGUGUGGCAGUGAACGUGGCUUCCGCGCUGGCCGUCAUGUUACAGCCCUACAUGCCCAGCGUCAGCGUGGCCAUCCAGGGGCAGCUCCGCAUCCCGCCCGAGCGCUUCAUCCUGAGCCGCGACUUCACCUGCACCCUGCCCGCCGGCCACCGCGUGGGCACGGUAAGCCCACUGUUCCAGAAGCUGGAGAACGACCAGGUUGAAGCCCUGCGCAAGCGCUUUGGGGGAGGCCAGCCUGAAGAUCUUGCUGUAAAGCCCCAGGCCAAACAGACACAUCCAGCCCCAGCGGCCCUGGUGGCUCCAGGCGACCCGCAGCUGAUCCAGGAGCUGACGGAGAAGGUGGCCGAGCAGGGCAACUACGUUCGGCAGCUGAAGGCCAACAAGGCAGAGAAGGCAGAGGUUGACACGGAGGUGGCCAAGCUACUGGAGCUGAAGAAGCAGCUGUUACAAGCUGAGGGCAAGAGCCCUGAAGUCCCUGUUCCCAAAGGGAAGCGGAAGAAGUAGCACCCGGUCCCUCCGUGCUGGGGAAGCAGCGCCGGUGCCACCCAAAGAGCAGCCCAGGCCGUGCUGGCUGUUGGUUAUAGGGAUGUAAUAAAACACAAGAGCUAUA